CACAUGCUUUUUGUAGUAGUGCAUAUUUCAAUGAACUUACGUGCGAUAAAUACUACUCUAGAUCCUGAUACUAUCAAAGUAUGAAAGUAUACGGUUCGAAUUAUUACACCUUUUGUGUAUUCUAACUUUAUUAUUGUAUUAUUAGUUUUUUGUAAGUGCUUUAAGAACCUAGAAAAUUGCUAGCGAUGCAAUGUAUCAAGUUUUCAUUAGUGGAUACCGUUUGGCCGAAGUGUCACACGGCAAGCCUUAUUAUGUUUACUGUAUUGAGGUUCUGGAGUCCGAAAGUGGUACCCGAUACUUUAUUGAGAGAAGAUACAGCGAAUUUAAUGCGCUACAUCGCACGCUGAAGAAAGAAAACGCGGAUGUUGCUCCGUUUCCGCCGAAGAAGGUAAGAAAUUCCCAACCGAAGGUGCUUGAGCAAAGGCGAGCAGCAUUGGAACUGUACAUCCAGAAAAUGUUAAGGCUCUCAGCCACCAAGCAACAGGUUCUCAAUUUUCUGGGUAUAGAAAGUCCAACACCCGGUGUGCCGUAUAAAAAUACGUACAAGGAUACGGAGGGAGAACAAUACGUCGACACCAGUGCUCUUGGCCAUCAACCUGUGCUAACUUUCCAUUGUGAUCCAUAUGUUCAGUCGAACAUUACAUCGAACAGUCUUCCAGAUAUCGUUAUCAGCGGAGUCCUUUUAGGUGUAUACAAGUCCUGAGAAGCUUAUCCUAAGCUUCAGCUUGUUACAAUAUCUUUUACUAAAAGCAUAGAAAGGACUACACACGCUUCGUGAAAAGCUGCAGCUCUAUAUUAUUAUAAUUCGGAUGAAAAUUAGGAAGGCGGUUUUUGCUCGUUCCUCCUUAUCUCGCCAGAGAUAAAAAUAAAGCGUUUCCAUCUUGUAUAUAUAUAUAUAUACUAGCGCUUCGUUGUCAGGAUACGCGACAAUGUGUAAUCUCUUUCGAAAUUCGAUUAAAGAAAAACGUAAGAGAGAAAAUAGAGCUUGCAUGUGACGCGAUUGCGUUUGUACAAUACUAAUGUAAAAAGACCGGAUUUAAAAAUAAGGAUUUUAUACACAACUAUGUAAUUAAGGGAUUUCACAGAAGAAAUAUAUGCUUUGAUAUAUUUGAA